ACCCAGCGUCUGCAUGGCGGGGCUUCCUCUUCUCGAUUCUCUCUUAUUUGCUUCUCUCCCAUCAUCAUCGACCAACCCUUGGACUCCUCGAUCCCUCUGAUCGCCACCCAUCCAUCCCAAACACUCCUCACCGCGACCGCCACCUCCUAACCCGACGCGGUCUCGAAUCCAGUGAUUGGUACCCGCCCAAUAUCAUCAAGUUUAGGAGAAUCAGCUGAUAGACGCCAAGAACUGGGCGUCAAUUCCCAUCAGGGACAACGAGGUAUUCGUCGUGUAUAUCCAUUGAAACGGCGCCGUAGUAGCAGUUUCUUGUUCAAUUUAGGUUUUUCAGUGAAACCAAAAGGAACCCCCCAAACUCAUCGCAGUCGCACAAAGCAAAACUUCCGAUUUCAGUCUCUCUUAUCAGCGUCUAAUAAGUAGGAGCAGGAUGUCAACGAAGAGGUUUCGAAGCUUAAAAACAAGAUUAUUGAAUGCCAAGAGGAAACGAUGCAGCUAUUGCGUGAGAAACAGCGGUGACCUGACAAAUUUAGUCUGAUGGAACAGACAAAAGCAAAAGCUGCAGCUGACCUGACAAGACAAAUACUAUGUAAUUCGAUCCAAAUAUCUGAAUCUGAAAAGGUACUCGAGGCUCUGAACAGGGCCUUGAAGCGUGUGGAGCAGUCUGAAUCUAAUGUAAAAGAGAUAUUUAACAGGAGGCAAGUUCAAUAUGAUGAAUAUAAGAAAUAUAAGGAAAUGCAGCUGAUAGAAACAGAGAGGGUGUUGGAUGGGCUAGAGAAAAGUUUGUCUGAUGAAUCGGGCGACAUUAACCUGUACAAAAGGCGCGUGGAGAUGGAGAAGACACUUGAAAAUCUUAAUGUUUUCUGUGAGGCUGUGCAUUCUAUUCUCGAACCGAAGGACUCUAGUGAUGUCUGUCUUGUCAAAGAAGCUCAAGUAAUAUAUUUAGCAAUAUUAUUGGUUGAUCAUCUUGGCGGACAGAGUGGACAGAAAAUGCGAAAAAGGAGAGGGUCACAGAAGUCUCAAUAGGAACCUUAACAUAAAAUAAUGAAGACCUGUUUGGGCGUGUUGGCUGUGAGUGGAACUUCUUUUACAUUUAGGAGUUCAGUUGUUUCUUAUGUUUCUGAGACAUUGCUGGAUGUUCAAAUUGUUCCCCUUUUGACAUUGUCUAAACUACACUCUGGUUUCAUAUGUUUAUUUUGGUUAUUCUCUCUCCCUUAUCUUGGUUAAUUCUUCAAAUGAUUUAAAUUGGUCCUGAAUAGCUGCAUUUUAAACCUCUCAGUUUAUUUCAGUAAGCUAAGCAAAGCAGUUGAAGCUCUUAUGGAAUAAUCCAGAAUCACAGAAAAAACUACAACGUGGGUGCCUUUGUAACACCAAUCAAGAAGCUUAGAUAGUCAUCAGGUUGGAGAUGAAGGAAAAAAAAAAA